AUGGGAUGCGGGCGCGCCGGGACGGAGGCCUCCUCUACAUCAGCACCAGGUAUGAGCGGAAAUAGCAGCGGACCGUUAGAGGCGACGCGGCGGUUCUGGGCGAUCUCGCCGGAGGAAGAUUCCGACGACAAGUCUCCGGCAGCAGGUGCGACAUCAUCCUUGGCUCUGUACUACAGUACGCCGGUGGAGGAUGAUGGGCGGGAUCUCGCGUCGACCUCUCUGUCCGCCGUCGAUAGAAGGGAGCAGAAGAGGCAGCGGCAGCGGGCGGCGGCGCUGGAGCUUAGACCAGGUUAUCCGGCGAGCUGCUCAUUCAAUUCAGCAAUGGGUGUUACUUCUCCCUAUGGAGCAGCGGGAGGCUAUGGUUAUUGGAUGCAACCGGAUGCUACUGGUUGCUCAGGACUUCUUUUUCCAGGCUACUGGGUGGCGGCAUCUUAAUAGAAUAGCAAAUGCAUAGCUCUUCUGUUAGCCGUAUUUUCUUUUGGUUGAUUCUUGU